AUGUCGAAACCACUCGGUAAUAAACCGGGCGAGCCACCAUUCCAAUUGAAGGUUGAUCCCGAUACGAAGUCAAAUGCACGGACAAUGAUAUCUGAUAUCUUCCGAGUUCGACCGCCGCUCUCGUUCGUAAAAGCUGAUGAAACAGCCGUGGUAAAG